CGAGCCCGUUCAUGUGACACUGCAGGUAUCAGAUCACUCAAUGUUAUGUUUGGCUCAGUGUACGGAUUGAAAACGCCGGUUCAGUCCACGUUAUGUUUGUGCUGUGAGUCACAAACUCAACUUUGGUUCUUCGUGAAUUGCAGUCGACUCAUUCAAACAAGUUUUCACCCCUAAAUCACUGACAUAAUUUGUGGAAGAAAAAGGUAAGUUACUACACAGACUAAAACUAAGCUUACAGGGUGCUCGUUUCAGCUGAUUGAAGCUUAUUCGUUUUGUGGUCUGUAUGCAUGUUUUAUGUUCUAUCGCUAGGUUUAAAUUUGUAAGCGAAAGGAUUGCUUUAUCGCAAAUAGAAAUUAGGUUCGCUCUCUCUGUGACUUCCAGCUGUGUUACAACACCGGUAAUAGUAAUGUACAUGAAGAUGUACAUGUUUUCGAAGAACAUGGCGAACUUGUCAGCGUUAAGUUGACGAAUCAUCGAUCUUUUUAUUGUGCGUGCAUCUGAAUUAGGUCAGCUGACUACAAUAGUGAAAACAGGCCAUGAAGAGAUAUGAAGAAACUGAAAAUCAGAGUUGUAGUGUAUAUAAUUGUAAUUCUCAACGAUUACCAAAAGCCUAUCGCAACCGACAUCCCCUGUAAGACCACCAAAGCAAUCGGAAUUAAUGUUAAUGGACAUAGUUACUAGAGAAGAACCCUAUAUAGUUAUAUAUAGUUUGGCUGAUUUUACAUAAAAUUUGAUCUGUUUAACAGAGAAAAAUGCUACCAUUAACCUAAGUUGUAUAAUUAAGGUGACCUUUUCCUUGAUUUUAAUGAAGAUGUUCAUCAAAACAAAAACAACACUCUUUUGAAUACACGUGUGACGUAUUAAGCUGGCACUAAAUUACAGUGCAGUCGGUUUUACUUUUUUGAUAUACAGCGUCAUCGGUUAAAGGAUAUGUUUUCGGGAUAAACACAAAAAAAAUCGGUCCACACGUUGUGCCUUUGCGUUAAAGCUUCGAUUUCUUUCAAGUCAAAACCAUAUCGAUUGCUGGUUUUUAUACCCAGCCAAAGUCCGGCGGAGGUUAAGAGUUCAACUAAUUUGCGCUCUCGCUGUUUAAAUUUAGCCUGUUUUACACGUGAAGUAGUGUUACUGGAGUGCUGACCUGUGAUGGAGAUUAAAAUCUCCUUGGGUACAUUUCAUUUUCAAAAUACCUUUGAAGUAUCAAUUUCGUGCGUUCAGCUGACCAACUGUCAAAAAAUAAACAAACAGAUGUCAUUCCAUGCUGAAACGUGUUCAUAAGUGUUUUUGUGCAGAAUCACGAUGGCUAGAGUAGUUUCUGGCACAAUAUUCUUAUUGUUGCUACAUACAUACACUGACCCCAAUCCGAAUCGAGGUCGGAUAUGCCAUUUUUUAAAUUUCUUAUGGGAUCAAGUACUCUCAGAUAAUUUUUUAAAGAGAGGGUUGUUUUUUAAUCACUGUAUAGGAGUACAAAAAAACCUUUUGAUAUUUUAUUAUAGUGCUGUAUGUUCAAAAACUGACUUGAGAUGAAAUGUUUUUAAAUCAAAUAUAAUGCAAUUGACCACUCCAGAAAUACCAUAACAUACCAUAAUGUUCUUUGUUUGUCACCCCAAAAUUUUGCAUAAGCAUUGUUUUCAGUUUCUCUUGGGGCCAUUUUAACUCCCAAGAGAAACUGAAGACAAUGCUUAUGCAAAACUUUGGGGCGACAAUCAAAAAGCAUUAUGGUAUGUUAUGGUAUUUUCUGGAGUGGCCAAUUAUGUAGCCCACAGGUGUAUGUCACCCUUUACUCAAAUUCCCUUCCCACUCACCCCCAGGGGGAACUCUAGCUUUCAAAGUGAUGGAGGUUUUUGGGGGGGGGGGGGUUGAAAUGUUUUAUGUUUAUUUCGAAAUUUUUGGGGUUGAAAUUUUUAACAAGAAUUUUUUUGGUUGCGUAAUUUAGGAACAGAUUUUUGGGGGGUAUUUUAAAACAAUCUGCAGAUUCGUGGUAGUGCCUGUGUAGCCCCGCCCAGCUGCAUAGUUUUGCGAAUAAAGUACAACCAAACAGGUUUUUAAAAACUUUAUUUUUCUUGUUGAAUCAUUUAAUGCUUUCUGGAAGUUUUUAAGGCUCAGAAGUUUUGGUCCAGGGAAUUUUUUGGGUUGUCAAUUUUUGCCCCCAUUCGAUUAUCCCCGUCACUUGAAAUCCAGAGUACCAGCCUGGGAUUCUCCCUCAUGUCAAGUAGAAAAAAAUUUGGGGGAUCAUAAAAACUGCAAGCUAUAAUUUGGCUACCUCCUAGCGGGGGGGAGGGGUACUCCCUAUAAUAGCCUAUAUGGGGAGGCUGUGCCCACCCAAACAGGGUACUGUGACGUUUUUCACAGGUUGAAGUAUUUGAAAGGGCAAGGAAAUCUUUCAUUUCAGUCUGUGAAAGGCCAUAAAAGGCCAACAGAUGCAUCUUGCGAUGGCUGUAAAAAAGACGUGAAAACUCUUCCUGGUUUAUUCCUGUUUUUAAUAUGUAAAUGGUGCAUUUUAAUUUAACAGCUGUUAAAAGGGAUUCAAUUUCUGGCAAGCAAUGUUUUGUGUUUGGCAACCAGUUAAUCUUUGUAGGAUGCCAAAACAGGGAUUUUGAAAAAAGUCGGGCAUCUAUAAAUGAUUCAUUCUCUAGCUCAUAUUAAUUUUGUCAAUCUCAACAGGAUAUGUUCUCCAUUAGUGAUACCACCAUAAUGUCUGCUAUGAAAAAGGGUACCGCUAUGGAAGGAGUGCAGAUCCGUUCAUAUAACCAGGCAACAGAUUACCAUGAAUGCCGAGAGAUAUUUACAGAGGGCAUGCAACAGCUCAUCAAUCUUGUUAACCGUGUUGUUUUUCCAAGAUACUUGUGGUAUGUUGCCAUAACAACCAUUUUUGCCAUAUUGGCAUCUGUAAAGUGGUCCUUGUGGAUCUUAAUUCUCAGCCUGUCAAUUUCACUGGUGCUGAUAGCACUUUUGUACGUGGAUAUUUACUACGAGUGCUGGAAGUUCAUCAAGUAUUGUCUAAGAACAGAUUUGGCUGACAUCGACAAGACAUACAUGUGUAAUGAUGGCUGCCACAUGUGGGUAGCUGAAUUAAAUGGCAAAGUUGUUGGGAUGGUGGGACUUCUUGUUGAUGAAAAACAAAAGCCAGGAGUUGCUGAGUUGCAGAGGAUGUCUGUGUCAGGGAAAUGUCGGAAAAUGGGAGUUGGAAGAAAGCUUCUGGAACAGGUUCUUAGACAUGCUGAGCAGUGCAAACUUUCAAAAAUUGUUUUGUCGACCACGAGUGCACAGUUACCAGCGAUUGGACUGUAUAAGAAAUAUGGCUUCAAAUUGGCCGGGGUGUAUCCAUACCCUCAAAAGAUCUUAGGAGAUUUGGAAUACUGGUUGUUUGAUCGUCAACUGUGAUUCAACUCUGGCCAGAACAACUUGAUUCUGACUUGUAUGUAGACUGGAGAAUCCUUCAUGUGGCUUUGAAGACAACAAAAGCAACUACUGGUUAAUUUGUUGGACGAAAACAAAAGAAAACUCUCCCAUAAUAGCCUGAGCCAGAUGGAGGGACAACUUCUAUAUGAAAGUGACUGGGUGAUGCAGUCAUUAUCUUGUAUAGGGGUAUUGGUCUCACUUAGGGUGUUGCAGGAUAGAAGACCAAUAUUUUUACCCAUAAAAGCAUCAGUUAGAAUUUUGAGUAAAGCAGUAUCUACAUAGCAUAAAUCCUCUAUUAAGCUCCUAUCCUCUCAAAUAAUCCCCCCAUUUCAGGGGAAGAAAGUUAUUAAGCCCCCUCCCCUCCCCACUUAUAUGAUAGACUUAUCAAUCAUGAGUGUAACACUUCUUGUGGACUGAUUCUGUAUGGUAUAAUUAUUUCAUGUGCGGGAAGUUAAGAUUUAUUUUUGUAUCUUCAGAAGCAUGACCUCCAACUUCAUGUACCUGAACUUUUCCACUUUGGAGAUUUGAUAUCAUCAUCUUAACACAAUUAGAUACCCCCUCCCCCUCUCAGAUAAGCUCCCACUCUAUUUACUCCCCAUUCAAACCUGAUAUUUGGAAUAGAUUGUUCUUAACCCUCCCCCCCCCCCUUACCCAUGGGGGUGCUUAAUAGAGGAUUUAUGGAAAAUUAAUAAAAAACUUAUGCUAUCAUGCUCUGCUGGAGUAUGGUCUUCUUUAAGGGUCAAAUAAAGACUGAGUCACACCCAUCCUUUAAGGGUGUAAUUCAAGCAUCCCUUUCUCUUUAAUACGGGAGUUGCUAUUAGUCUACCCAGUGUGAUGGAUAAAUAGCUAUAGUUGAUUUCUUUCCUUUUCAUUCAUUUUGUACGUCAGACUCUCUGUGGGGCAUACAGACACUCCUUCAACACGGCAUUGUGAUGGUCCAUAACAGUGAUUCCAUUGAUCAAUAGUUACAAGCAUAGUUAAUAGAGUGGAAUGGAUAUGAAGCCCUUCCUCUGUUAUAUAUUUUUGUGGACAGUUGAAGGUGCUCAACAAUGUUCACCAGCACAAUUCUUAAUCAUUUUGAUCUUAGUGACCAAGAAAAACAUCGCAUAAAGUUAUUCCGUCACAAUUUAAGAGCCGAAAAACAAAGGAUUGUGGAAUGUCGGGAGCUUCCAACAUAACCUACAGCACUGCUGUUUACAUUUUUUAUGUUUGCUGCCUUCCAUAACCAGUCUCCUCUACUCACUAUGGUACAAAUAGUAGCUCGUAUCUUAUUGUAUUGCUACAUGCUUAAAAUUAUUAAAAUUUUAAAUGUAGGUUAGCUUUGUUCAGAUCUACAUUAGAUAAAUUUUUAAUAAGUCUCAUGCAAUGUGUAAAUGGCCCAAAAAGUUCUGCCAUUUUAUAUAAUGAAAAAGAUUGAUGUAAAUUUGUUAAGCACUGUAUAGUUAAUAAAACAUUUUGAUUUGCAUGAUACAUGUAUUGUAAUAAUGAAUAUCCAACCAUCAGGAAAAAAAAAUACAUAAAUACCCAAUGGUUUUAGAUUAUUCAGAAGUGAUC